CCUUGAAAGGGGAGUGUCUGCUUCUCUGAAAGUGGAAUUUGAGGUUCACAAAAGAUGCAGCAGUUAUUUUCGAGAGCUUACUUGCCAAGAAAAUCCUGUGGUUGGUUUAUACUUGUGCCUCCAGUUCUACGCAAGUGUGCGUUUCCUGGCUUCUACAUCACAGGAUUCUGGUGCUCUAGGGGGAGGCUGGACAGGGACAGUCACACUUCAGGUGGAAUCAUCUGCCUCACAGUCAUCCCUGGAUCCAGUGCAACACCAUACAGCAAGAAAACAUGGAUUUUGUCCUACAAUAAAUGCUUAGUAGAAGUACAUUCUGAAUGUCACUUCAACGUAAUCUUAAAGAAGUUCCCAUAUUCAGUUUUACUUCUCUUUCUGUGAAACGAAAACAAAGACCUUCACAGUAAGCAGGGCAAGAGAGYAGCCAGUGGGCAAUGAAAACUCUGAAAUUCUGAACUAGGACCCUGCCUGUGUGCCACGGACAGUAUGAAUGUGAAAGAGAUUUUCAUCCUGCUGCUGAAUCUGUGUUUGGUCUUCUGUGUUCAAGCCAUUCGAGAGAGUAUCCCGAUGAAAAGCUUGAAGUGCUACAAUGACUACAACUCACAGGUGACCUGUACAUGGAUGGAGCAUUCAGAGGCUCAUGACCUUGUUGGUAUGAUUCUUUAUCAAAGGGAUAAUAUUGACAUGGAGAACAAGGAGAUGUUCUGCACACGCCAGACAGAAAAUGAGUUACAUGAAGCUCCAGACGURUAUGUGCACUGGGUCUGCCGCAACACUACAGAAGGUUUUGUAAUAGGGGAAUAUGAUAUUUAUGGUUUCAAGCCUAACAAGGUGCUUCAGGCAGAACUGGAUGUUGAUCUUUUCCAAAAUGUUCRGCCCCUCCCACCUCAAAACCUCUCAGUCAGCUCGAUGACAUCAGGAGAUUUCUUGCUGACCUGGAAAACAGCUGAUGGAAGCCAAGGGCUGGGCAAUGCUUUGGAGUUUGAAGUCACUUACAAGCGGGAGUGGGAGUCCUGGGAGGAGGCUGCCUCGCUCUUGCUCUCCAACACCACACAUUGCAGUCUCAGCCGUGAGGAUCUCGUCCCAGGGAGCAGCUACGUUGUCCGUGUGCGAGCCAGACCGGGGCAGGCCAGCGGCUUCUCUGGGCAGUACAGCCACUGGAGCACAGAGGUGUCCUGGAAGACCCCUGAAGGUGGCCUUCAGCCCAGGAAUUUUCGCUGCUUCUUCAGUGGUGGAGAUCGUCUGACCUGCAGCUGGGAAGUGAAGAAAGUGAUCACUACCUCUGUCCUCUUCGGUUUGUUCUUCAGGGCCAGUCCAGCAUCAGAAGAAGAGGAGUGCUCUCCUGUGCAUGAGAAGGCUUUGCCCCAUGUCCCGUAUGUGGUCCAGAGCUGUGAAAUCCCUGUUAGCAGUUCCAGCAGCCAGAGCCAGUACCAUGUGUCUGUCAGGGCCAAGACUGAGGAGAAGCUGAUUGAAGCCUACAAGAACAUUCAGGUGCUGCCGCCUGCAAAUGUGUCAGUGACAGCAACAGAGAACCAAGAGUAUGAACUAAGGUGGAUAAAACACAAAUUGAAUUACGACUUCAUAACACAGAGAUACCAAGUCAAGUACUGGGAAAACAACCAAUAUGAAAAGACUCUCCAGGAGCUAAACAUCAGCAAUGAUGAACCUCCCUUCAUCUUCACCCAGCAGUUGCUGGCAGGAGCUACAGAAUACAGGGGGAAAAUGCGUGCAAGGGUGAAUACACCUCCGGAAUAUGAGGGGCCUUGGAGUGAGUGGAGUGAAGAGUUCACCUGGAAGACUGAGAAUGUUCUAGCACCUGUGAUUCUCCCAGUGAUGCUCCCAGCACUCAUCAUCCCUUUGCUAAUAGCUGCUUAUUGCAGCUACAAGUAUUUCCUCAGGAAGAAGAAAAUGUGGGAAGAAAAGAUUCCGAACCCCAGCAAGAGUCUCCUCAUCCAAAGCUACCUGGGAAAAGGACACUUGGGAAGCUGGUCAGCAAGCAACCAGCUGGACUUUAACAAAUACAACCUUUCAGAGAAGAUGGAGCAGGCUAGCUUCCUUCAGGUUUUGGACAGGCAGGCGAAGACUUUGGCAGAGUGCCUUGAAGGGCAGACCAAAAAGACAGAUGUUUCCCCUGUUACAAUGGACCUACAGAAUUCAUACCAAACUUUAAAUGAGUCAGAACACACCCCAGUUGUCUGCUCCACUCAGAGUGCUGGUCAUUACUUUCCUGUUUCAAGGAGAAACAGUGCUGGUGCAAUUAUUGCUUCACACAGAGCAAUCCCUUGCUUUGCUUUCAAUGGUCCRUACUUGUACGGCCCAGUGGUGUCCUCUCACCCUGACAUACAUCAGGCCCUGGAAAUGGACCCCGUGGGACUCAGUAAGAAAUCAGUUUCCUUUCAGUAUGUGAUGCUCCCAAGGGAAGACUCUCCCAAGACCACACGCAGUCAAGGGCAGCCAGAAGCAGCUCCUCCAAAGGACCUGCUCCCRCAUCAGCAGGAAAUGAUGCAGUACCUUGAUGACAAGGAGGAAGUCUUGCAGUCCACAACAGCCUGCAAGGAAGGCACCAGCAAGGGAACAGAAGAGCAGAACUCUCCAAAGGCUCUCAGCUGUACCACGUAUUCUCAACAGUGUCCCCUGGAGUACAUCAUCACGGACAGCCCGUUACUGCCAUCAGCCAGCACCCCCACCCAUCCUACACUGGUCACAGCUGGGGAGUCACCUCCUGGCUCACAGGAGGCAGAGCCUCCCAGUGACCACUCUUGCCAUGAGUUUUCUCCUGAAAAAAUUGAUGUCAUCAUCUCAGUUUCAAGCCAAGCACCAACCUCAUCUCCUGAAUCACACCUGGAUACGCUGGGAGACUAUCUUACUGUGCCUGAAGGUCUCCAGGAACAUUCAGAACCCACGAAGAUUUCUUUGCCUGUCUUACAGAAGGAAAGUGGUGUUCCUAGGAAUCAGCCUUUGUCAGAGGGUGACUUGGUGGUGUUAAACCCUGACAGCACUGACCCAAUUUUCCUUUGCCAGGUUGGUGACUAUUGCUUCCACAGCCUAAAAUCCAGUGUGAAGAUGGAUAACAGUCAGGAAGACCACCAAGUCCAGAAACUUUCUGAAGGCGAGACAAUGCUUGGGAAGCCUGUAUGUGAUAAUGAAUCCAUCACUGGCAAUGAAAAGGAUGUAUGGAAAAGGAAAAAAAUACAGGCCAUUCAGCUUUUCAAAAACCUGAAAUCAGAUGAUUACUUUUCCUGGCAGCAAUCUUUGAGAAUCAAAGAAAUCUGUUAAGUGGGUAAAUAUUAAUGAAUACCAAAGAGAUUGGUAACUGAAAGGGGUUGCAACUAUCUGAUGAAAAUGAGCCCUCAAACCUAGGAAUAAAUAAAUACCAGUUCCAUUUUAAAGCUUCCAGUCUAAAGUGUUGAAAGGCUUAGAGUAGCUCAAUAUCAUUCUUGCUGUCUUCACAGAUUUGUCAUGAAAGACAGCACAAAUAUUGCCCUUUAGCGUUUUUCAAACUUUGGCUUAUCCAUGAUGAACAGUUUAUCCUCCUCAUGAUCCUGUGGCACAUCACAAUCAUCUCACAAUUAUAUCAGAUUGCUUGGCAAAAUUUGUGGCAGGAAAUGAAGACUUAACAACUAGAAAGGCUAUCAGAAGGAGACAAGCUUGGAAAUCUUGGAAAGAAAAGUUAUGUUCUUAAAAGCAAUUUUGUUGAACUUUUGUGUAUUUGUAAAAUAGCUCUAAAAGUCACCAAGUAACAUUUAUAUCUCUGYCUUUCCACUAUGGCAUAAAAUAAGUAUUGUCUGAGGUGAAAAAGCCCCAAACAAUUAUAGAAGGGUAAAGAAAAAAAAUGUUGACAUCCAAGAAAACUUCCUCAAUAUUAAGGUGCAGCACAUCACAGUGGAUUCAAAGGAUAAGAAAGAAAGAUACAUAAAGUAAGUUGUAGAGAACCAUUUGGAAGAAGAAACAUUACUGAAAGAAAGCCCAAGGGCUCCUAAGGUUCAGUGAGAGWGAGUGGGGCAAGUCAGAGAUGCUGGGAAGGUGCACAAGCCUGUAUCUGCUGGAGUUUUUCUAUUUCUGCAUGUUAAAGUGGUUUAUUAUUUUCUUUUAAGUUCAUUGACUGUUUAUUCAGUAUAUACUUAAUCCUAACGUGUAACUGAUUCUUAGGGUUUUUUUUUUUUUCCUAAAUAAUGAGUGUUGAGAAAGAGUAGACUGUUUUUUUUUCCAGUUUUGCUGUAAAGAAAGUAGUGCAAGGUAAGAGUCUCUGUUCAGAACCCUUCUCUGUGAUCAGUGAAAAGGGUUUGGUUUCAGAUCUGAAGGUGGACCUGACUUGCAAGAAGAAACAUAUAUCUUUUUUCAAAUAUAAUACUUGUACUAAUAAAAAUAUUAUUUCUUUCUAUAAAUAUUUCAUUUGACAUGUUACAAUAUUAUGGUUGCAAUAAAAUUACKAUUAGCUCAUUUGCUGAGGUUUCAAAAAAUUCUGUCAGUUCAGCGAUGCCACAUCUGAGAUCGGACAUUUCCUCCUGACUUUACUAUGUCAUUUGACAGAGAAAAUGAGUUCUGUGUUUGUGCCACCUGAUUCCUCCUACUGGGUUAAUGGGACUGUGCUGAUUCAGAAAUUACAGUGARAUUAUUUGGAUUUUUGAGAAUUUAAUCCUUGUAAAUACCAUUCUAAAUCUGAAAAGUGGGCCAAUUGAGUUUGGUGCCCUUGAUAGCAGAAGGCAGGCAGCUGCAGCCUCCAAUAGAAAAUAGUGAUGAACACUUUGAGGGAUUUUCAAUUUAGACCUUUUGUAACCAAUGGGUUUUUUUAUUAGUCUCUUGUUUGGCCUUUUAUGAGUGGCACAAUUAAUUUCUUCCAGCCUGUAUUAUUGUGCUCUAUUGAAGCAUGUCCUGAAAGGAGAUGUUCAAAUCCAUAUGCAAAUAUUGUAUCUGAAUUAAUAUCUUAGAUAUGCAUCAUUUUGCUGGGCCUUGAAUUGCUGGGGUUUAAUAACCAAGAAGAAUAAAGARAGGGAGAAGUUUUAUUCAACUUGGUGGCAUUUGCAUUGUGAUCAGUACUCUAAGAGCUCUCUGUUCCUUCUGUUCUGCUGCACUUCACUGGGCAUUUGCAGAGGCUGAUUUUGGAGACAUGAUUUACAGAUACAAGCACAUUUGUCAUGAUCCCACAGAGAUGAUAUCAUCAUCUGAAGAUUGCUUCAGGAGCCUGGAAUAUGCUGAGUAACAUACCAUUGUCACGAUAGGGGAGCGGAGCAGUGGUUUGAUUUCCAACUAUAACAAUUCAUUUAGGGCAGAAUGAGCUUCUGCGCAAGGGACUCUUUCUUCAAUAUCCACCUAAGUAUCAUUAAAUAAAAUACGUAAGGAACACUGGAAGCAGGGCUCAUAAACCAUGGCUCUGCYCUGCCAGAG